AUGUCCGAGAGAGGUCACUUCAGAGGAGGGGGCGGCGGCCGAGGAGCCGGAGGAGGAGGCCACCGCGGUGGAGGUAGAGGCGGCCAAGGUCGAGGUGGUGGUGGCCACCAUCAGUCCAACCAAUCCCACGAAAAGCCCAAGAAGGAGAAUAUCCUCGAUCUGGGCAAAUACGUCGACAAGCAGAUCACUGUGAAAUUCAACGGGGGCAGAGAAAUCGUUGGGACGCUCAAAGGGUAUGACCAGUUGAUGAACUUGGUGCUGGACGAUGUCAAGGAAACAAUGAGAGACGAUGAAGGAAACGAGACCACCAGACCGCUCGGGUUGGUUGUGGCCAGGGGAACAUUGCUGGUCUUGAUUUCCCCACUAGAUGGGAGCGAAGAGAUUGAAAACCCCUUCCAGCAACCAGCUGAAGAAUAA